GUCGCCGCACAGCUGAAGUUCUGCUUCCCACACAGAGGCAGCUGCUCUCUCUCUCUCUUUCCUCCACUUGCCUCGGAGGUGUUAUCGUAUACGUUCUCCCUUCCUCGAGAUCCUUCUCGCUCCGCAGCGGUGUGUGCCCCGCUGCUCACGUUUGGCCUUUCUUUUUUUCGGCCUCUCUCUCGUAGAAGUAGCAGCAGCUGUAAAAGCAGUCAUCAUAGCAACUGCCUCUUAGAGCCGUAAGAAGAAGGCGCACGCACACACACACUCUCUCCCACGCCACACGGUAACGUCUUUGCCACGAAGCGCUCUUCCUCCCUUUUCUCUGAUUUUCUAAUUAUUUCUUUAGCUUGCCGUUUCUAUCGAGAAGUGCCCUUCGUCGGUUAUUUAGUUGUUGAAGACGAAAUACACACGCAAAUCAGAAACCAAUAGUAUAUAUUAUCUCUUUUACCUAGCUACUUUGCUCACCAUGUCCCUGUACGGUGCACGUGAGAAUGGCGCCGACGAAAUACUCGGGCCGGACUUGACCGGCAUGGGCGGCAACUACCUCAACGAGAGCCACUGCCAGCGCUUCUGGAACCGGUUGAUGACCUGUGUGCGGGAGAGUCAGGAGCUGGACGUGCUGUACGACUGCCGGAGCCGCAUGAUCGACCUGCGGGAGUGCAUCGUGCGCCACAAGCAGUCGACGUGGGUCAUGCGCGAGACGAUGGCGACGCUGCGGCACGAGGACGAGUUCCGUAAGUGGGUGCGGGAGUACGAUGAGGAGAUGGGGCACCCGCCGCUGCUGGAGGCCGUCGCGAAGGUGCAGAAGAGAGUAGAUGAAGCGGGCGGCGUGGAUGUGUUGAACCCCACGGUGUUUAAGGAUCCCGAUCUGUACAUCCCUCGUAAACAGAAGGUGUAG